AUGAUGACCAACGAAGCAGGAUGUUUUGUGUUAAACUGUUGUGACAAAGAAGUCAAAAAACAUUUGAAAUCGAUCCAAGAUCACAUACAGAAUCAUGAAUCAGGAAGGUUUAAUCCUCCUUCAGAUACGGACAUGAAAAAGAUUACUAUCAUCAACUGUGAAGAUAUGGUGUGUGAAGAUGCUUACAGUAUAUCAGAGUACUUCAUAUUUCUGUGUCGGAAAUAUCACCUUUUACACAAUGAAAGAAGCACUCUCCUUUCUUCAAUGGAUCAGCUGAUUGCUCUGCAGCUUUGUCUUGCAGAGAAGAACAAGGAGGAAAGGGGAGAAUUUGACAUAGAAACAAGCACAGUCUUUGAAAGUAAUAAAGAAAUCAUCAAGGCCAAACUUCAGUCAUCAGACACUGUGGAACUGCCAGAGAUUUCAGAGAGUUAUCAGAAGUUUCUACAGCAUUGUAACUAUGUGGACACGUGUGAAGUGGUCAACCUAGUACAAAAAGCAUGUGCUGAUAAUACAUGUAAUAAUUUCCAGGAAGAUCUGUCCAAGAACCAUUACCUAUUUCUUGGUUUACCAAAUGAUCCUGUUGAGAUUGCCAUGAUCAAUCUGCUUUGUAAGGACAAGGCUGUGUACAAAGUGAACAUUGAGGUGUCUUUAGAGGAGGAGGGGCAGGGGGGAGAUGUGAACGUGUGCUCUACAGCUUCCUCCCUGGACAGUCUGAUUUCACAGAAGACGAAGUGGAGGGGGAUCGGUACUCCUGGUCCCUCAAAGUCUGUUGUGUCCAUAAACCAGAUGUAUGUCCAACUAGUGUUUGUGGCUUAUUUGGAACUGCUAGUGAACUCCAGGUCAGAACUUGCCCUAGCUAGGUCCUUUAAUGUACCAGAGCGAGAGCUUGGGUUAUCUGCCUUCACCGAUCUGAAACAUGAAUCCCAGAAGAAGAAUAUGCCUAUGUACCAGACAGCCACCUCUUUUAUUAUGAGAGUCAGACUUGGGGGUAAAGGUUACAAACCAGAUCCGUCCCUACCAAUAACCCAGCAUACAAAGGGACUGAGUGACUUUAUCACCCUGACACAUAAACUACAGACCAUAGUAGAGGAGGAGGAGAAUACAAGGGUCGCCUGUAGAAAGGUGCUUAAUGUUUUGAAGAAAGAGAUCAGUAAAUCUGAGGAUAAGAGGAUUCAGAACUCCACUGUUGAGACAGUUUGUGAGACUCUUCAGAAGAGUGCAGUGCAGGUCAUACAGAACACACAGAUAAACAGUCCUCCCAAGAAAUCAACAGGAGGCACCCCUUUGGGUUACAAGACAUUGAGGGCAAUCCAUCACUUGGUGGAUAAACUGGUCACUGGUGCAGAUGUCCUCAAAGCUAACUCCCUGGAUGUCCUGUGUGACAGUUUCUCUAACCAGCACACACCUGUCAGGUUUCCCUGUCUCCUGUCACAGUUCAGAACUCCUUGUGAUGAUAUAGACAGCCCUGAAUUGAACAAGUCACUUGCUGAGAGACUAUUAGAGAAACAGAGAAAAGAGACUCCAUUACAUGCCAAGUGGUACAAGGCCACGAUGGACUGGGCAGCUCCUCUCCAUGACGUCCAGAUGACAGACGAAGCUGAGUCAUAUAAGUGUCAGAAGUCUACUUAUGUCUUACCAAGCAAGACACUGGUGCAGCCAGCGAGUGCUUCCAAACGAGUGGAACUCCCAGGUCUGAAAGAAAGAACCUCCCAGGAAUCUAACAAAGACAAGGAGGUGGACUUGACCAGUGAUCUCAAAGACAAACCGCUGAGCCAGGAAUCAAGGCAAGAAGAACCUGUCUCCAACAGUGAUGAUGUAGAAAAUCAUAAAGAGGUUGGGGGUAAAGCCAAGAAAAGACCAGGACCAGAACCUUGUGAAAAAGAACCCAAGAAAAAGAAAACUAUAACUCAGGGGAAAAAUUGUCGUAGGAAACUGUUACCUCAGAUCAAAGGACAACAGCAAAUCAACAGGUUCUUUAGGAUGUAGAUACAGAGUAGACUGGGUUGUGGGGGAUAUUUUAUUGUCUCUAUUUAUUACUUUUUUUAACUAUUUAUUUUAUACAAUAUUGAUAUUACCGAUACAAUUGCUAGAUAUUGAUGGGAGUGAAUUUGUAACUAUUGCUUAAUGGACUUGUGCAAUAAAUAAAAUUAGGAACUUUGA